GUUUAGCGUGGCAGGGAGUGUAAUGAUGGCUAAACAUACUGGUACACAUAAUAGACGUCUCCCCCAAGUGGAUUAAAAAAAACAUACAUAGAAAAGUUGUUGCGGAAGUGACGACAUUACGGAAACUACAGUCUCUCAAGUGAUGGUAAAUGAAAUUGUCGAACACAAACUGUAGAAUAAAGACGUCGACGAAAAGGCUGCAGGUCCUAAUGUGGAGGCGGAGAAGAACUUGCGUUGAUCACGUGCCUGUGUUGCUAUGGGUUCACCCCCCUUGUUCCUGUUCCUCCUGGGCCUGACCUCUAUGCUCCGCCUGACUGUUCAUACCCUCCACACAUCCGCCCCUCCCCCGUCUCCUCCCCCCUCCUGUGGGCCGGGCCAGUCCUGGGCCGUCCGGCUGCACACAGACUCAGAGCUGCUAGGGACUGAAGGCUCCACCCUGCACGAGCUGGCCAGCAGGGUGGCUGAGCAGGCAGGCCUGGAGAACAGGGGCCAGAUAGGGCAGCUGGAGGGCCACUACCUGCUCUGUGCUGGGCCCGAGGAGGAGGGCAGGCCGGGGGACGUGCUGGAAGCCCACCCUCAUGUGCUCUGGCACUCCCAGGAGCAGGUCCUCCACCGCUCCAAGAGGGCAAUGGCCUUCAACGACCCCAGAUACCCCUUACAGUGGCACCUGCACAACGAUGUCAGGGAGGGCAUGGACAUCAAUGUGACUGGUGUAUGGGAGCGCAACAUCACAGGGGUAGGGGUGACCGUGGUGGUCGUGGACGAUGGGGUUCAGCACACCCUCCAGGACAUUCAGUCAAACUAUAGUCCAGAGGGCAGUUAUGACUUGAACUCCAACGACCCGGACCCCAUGCCCCACCCGGACGCCCACAGUGACAACCACCACGGCACACGCUGCGCCGGGGAGAUCGCUGCCGUCUCCAACAACAGCUUCUGCGCUGUGGGCGUGGCCUAUGGCAGUAAAGUGGCGGGUAUCAGAGUCCUGGAUGGGCCGCUCACAGACAGUAUGGAGGCAGUGGCUUUCAACAAGCACUACCAGAUCAACGAUGUCUACAGCUGCAGUUGGGGUCCUGAUGAUGAUGGCCGCACUGUCGAUGGACCACACCCCUUGGGCAAGGCGGCGCUGCAGCACGGCGUGAUUGCUGGCAGAAGGGGCUUCGGCAGUAUCUUUGUCGUCGCCAGUGGCAACGGGGGCCAGUACGAGGACAACUGCAACUACGAUGGCUAUGCUAACUCAAUCUACACUAUUACCAUUGGAGCAGUAAAUGAGGAAGGGAAGAUGCCCUUCUAUGCUGAGGAGUGUGCCUCCAUGCUGGCUGUCACCUUCAGCAGUGGGGGCAAAACGCUGCGUAGUAUCGUGACGUCAGACUGGUCACUGCAGCAGGGCACGGGCUGUACUGACGGGCACACGGGCACCUCGGCGGCAGCGCCCCUGGCGGCUGGCAUGGUGGCGCUGAUGCUGCAGGUCCGGCCCUGUCUCACCUGGAGAGACGUGCAGCACAUCAUCACCUACACAGCCACACAGUAUGAUGUGCAAGGGGACUGGAAAAUCAAUGGCGCUGGCUUCCACCACAGUCACCAGCACGGCUUCGGCCUGCUCAACGCCUGGAGGCUGGUCAACGCUGCCAAGGUGUGGGAGAUGGUGCCAUUCCUAGUGUCCUAUCAGAGCCCAGUGCUGAAGGAGGAGGAGCUUAUCCCAGCCUAUCCGGAGCAACUCAAUCUAACCUGGAACGUGACUGCAGCUGACCUCAGGCAGUCCGGAAUGCAGACCUUGGAGCAUGUGUCUGUCACUUUGACACUGGCCCAUACUCGCCGCGGCAAUGUGGAGAUCAUGCUGCUCUGCCCCAGUGGCAUGACCUCACUCAUCGGGGCGCGCCGUACUCUGGAUACGGAUACCUCGGGUUACUCAGACUGGACGUUUUCCACUGUGCGCUGCUGGGGAGAGAGAGCCGAGGGCCAGUACAGGCUGCAAGUCUCUGACCACAGUAAGGAAGAGCCUGCGUUGCCGCUGGGCUCUCUGAAGCACUGGAAGCUCACUCUGUACGGCUCCUCUCUGUCCUUCGAAGAGGUCAAGGAGAGACAGAGUGUGGUGGAGGAGGCUAUGGGAGGGCAGUAUCUGGACAGCAGUUUCUCCCUGCCCUGUCCUGCAGGCAUGGACAUCCCCCCUGAGAUGGUCAGCCCGUUCACCUCCAACAGCCUCAAGUCUCUGCUACUGCUGGGCUGCUUCGCUCUCUUCUGGUCCCUGUACUACACACUGGAGGUGACCCUGGCCAACCUGGACUUUAGGGGGCUGUGUCGGCGUGGCAGGGGGACGCGGGGCUCCCGCGGGGGCCGGGGGAGGGGCACUGGAACUCUGGGGGACAGCUCUGAGCUGGAGAUGCAGAGCGUGUUGGACUCAGAGGAGAAGUUGCCCUUCAUCACUGGAGACGCUGCCACAUAACACUGGAGAAAACCUCUGUCCUCUCACCCUACGACCUCCCACCCGCCUCUCAUCAGUCUAGGCCUGGCGCCCCCCUGCGGUGACCCCAGUGGGUCCAACUAAACUGGACUGGAGACUGAACUAUGUGGGCUGGAACUGUGAACUUACUGGCCCACCCAUCGCUCCCCAAGCCUGUGGCCUUUUAUCAGCGUUGCAGCGCCCCAUGCGUGUGUGAGUAAGUGUACUGCGGUGGAGCAACCUAGACCCUCUGGAUCUCUCAGGACCCUCCGCUCUCACCUAGCACUGCUAUAGAGGUGGUAGUUUGGCCUGGUCUUUGGGUUGGAGUAUGUAUCACUAGUUUGGUUCAGUCCCUUACCUGGGUCUUUGAGCGUGGGGUUAGAAGGUGUGCUGGACAACCAAGCAGAGCAGCACUCCUGGGGUGGUUUCCUGGACAACGAUUAAGCCUAACCCUGGACUAAAAAGCAAGAUAAAUUACGAAUAUCUGUUGGAAAUGUUUUUUAGUCCAGGAUUAGGCUUAGUCUGGGUCCGAAACCGGCCCUUGAAGUUUAAGUCAAACUUCCUACGUUUAUUAGGUGUGCACAAUGGGAAGGCAUUACAAUGCUGUGCGUGUGGAUGUGUUUUAAAAUGUAAAUGGUGUUUGGUUGACUCCAGUGACUCCCACAGUUGUCAAGUUGACUGGAUGUCCUUUGGGUGGUAGACCAAGUUGCUUUCAGUUUUGGUCCACCAGCU